UGAGUCGGGUCGGGUGCGGGUCGGGUCGGGUAAAAUAAUAAACCCACACCCGACCCGACUCGAUGUCGGGUUCGGGUAAAAAAUUUCGGGUCGGGUUCGGAUUAUUUUAUUCUCGGUUCGGGUUCGGAUAUUUUAGUGGUCGGUCGGGUCGGUUAAGCUCGGGUUCGGGUUGAAUUGCCAUCCCUACGCACAAUCGCAUUGUAGUCUGGACUUAAGUUUGAUAUUUUUUUUGUUUUUCUCUUUGUUACCACUUUUGGGUAGCUUUUGUACUUGUACUUUUAUUGGUUUCCAUCUAAUAAAAAAUCCUCUUUAAUUAAAAAAACAUAUAACUACAUAAAAAAUUUCAAAAUAAAUGAUGACAUGAAGACUAGAUAUGAAAAAGUUACAUAAAAUCUAGUGAUAGAAGAUUAAAUAUAGAAAACUAUUAGCUACAAAACUCGUAGUACUGUUUAUAAAAUUAUUCUUUUUUAAUUCUUCAAGAUGAAUCUUGUUUUUUUAUAAUUAUUUCCAUAUAGAAUUUUAAGCUUAUGAGAUCUUAUAUGAUCCUUGUUUACAUUGUAACCAUCAGAAAUACAAGAAAUUUAUUUUCUUCCAAAUAAUUAUUAUUUGAGUAGAGAGUAUCAUUUUAAAAAAUGUUAUGCUUUAGUAAUUUUUACAUAAAAUAAUAGUCUCAUGUAAGCAGGAGGAGGGCCAGCAAGCAAAGAGUUGCAGGCCGCGGUGGAGGGAAAACAGAACGGAGAGAAGAAGCGAGUCGAAUUCAGAGAGUCGGGUCAUCUAAAACUGCGAUCCAAACAAGCUUCAGGGGAGGGGAGGGUGAAUUAAAGAAGAGAGAAAGAAAAGAAGAAAUGGUGAAGAUAUUCUCCAAAGUCUUCUUUACCUUCACCACCACCACCACCACAUCUUCUAUAGACCCCCACACCCAUCGCCCAAGCUCUAACCCUAGACACUUUUUCCCCCAAUCUAAACCCUUUCAUUCGUCUUCAUCAUCAUCGCCUCCGCCAUCUCUCUUUAUCGCGUCAAACCUCUCUUUCUCUCUCUCUCCGCCAAUUCAGCUCAACCUUCUUCUUUUUCUGGGUCCUUCCUAAUUCGCGGUCGCGUUCUCUGUUUCUUCCCUGCUGAUUGACAAUUCGGUUCAUCGGUUAAUCUUGCAAAGGUGGUUGCAUCUUGGAGUGUCUAAGUCAAUGCCAUAGGGGGGAAGUUAAUACAUCGCAUAACUGUAACCUUCUCACUUAAGAAGACUUCAUGGAUGAAUCUGGUAGCACUCUUAUUGAAGCUCCUGUUCCUAGUGUUACAAUAAGGAAGAGGAGGAGCAGCAUUCCUCGGCGGCCCAGGCCUGAGAUUCAGGUGUUUCCUCAAAGUUAUGAUCCAUCAACACCAGUCUCUUAUGAGCCCGGAAGGGUCUCCAGUGAGGAAACUGAUGUUAGUUCUGGAGGGAAGAUGUUCAGCCUUAACCAGUGUAUAUCAAGGGGCUCUCCUGCUACUAUAGCUGAAACUGACUAUCCAAACAAGAGGGUUAAGGAUGAUAUGGAAUCUAGAGUGCCCUACAGCAAUAGUGGACCGGGAGAAGAUACCUACCGCCACCUGAGUCCUACCGGACAUUUGGGAGCGAUUCACAAUGGUGUAGGAAAUGACAACAAGCUCAAGAAAGUUAAGCUGAAGCUCGGUGGGGUAACACGUACUAUUCAAGCUAAAAGCAAUCCCCAUGGUACAUAUGGCUAUGGAUCUUCUACAAAGAGUUCUCAACCUCAUGACGCCCCUCGGCCACGGCAGAAAUUUACCCUUCAGGAAAAUUCAGGAGAGGGUCAAAUCCUCUCGGAUACGAAAAUCCAUUAUCCAACAAAAGCUUUGUCCAGGGGUAUUGAUUCUUGCAAGGAGGGUAUCAGGAAGAUGUCAAACAAGAGUUCAGCUGAAAAGUCAGAUUCUGUGAGGAAGAGCAAACGGGUCCCAAAGAGGCGUGUUUUGGAUGGGGCAUUUGAUGAAGACGAUGAAGAUGAUGAUGAGAUUAGGUAUCUGGAAAAGCUAAAAACAUCAAAAGCUUAUGGCGUCAAGGAUUUUGAGGAGGAUAACUCCAAUAAACAUCGGAGUCUUUCUCAGGUUUCUAUAAGUGUCAGAGAGAUUGGGAAGUUGGCCAAAGAUGGUAAGAAGAGGCCGGACAAAGGUUCUGACGACACUGACUAUGAAGAGGAGGAAAUUUUGUUGUCUGAUGGGGAUUGUGAAGGAAAAAGGAAACAGAAACAAAGAAGGGAAUCCCCGCCUCACACAGUGAUGGAAUCCAAGAGGGAAUUAGCUCUUACAACACGCCAACGAGCUCUUCUAUCAAGCAAGGAGCCAUCUGUUGGUGUGAAUCAGGUUGAGUUCCCUAAUGGUUUGCCCCCACCUCCAUCUCGAAAACAAAAAGAGAAACUCACGGAGGUGGAACAGCAACUGAAGAAAACCGAGGCUGCUCACAGGCGUAAACUGCAAAAUGAGAAGGCAGCUCGAGAAUCUGAGGCUGAGGCAAUUAGGAAAAUACUAGGUCAAGAUUCAAAUCGAAAAAAGAAAGAAGACAAAGCAAAGAAGCGCCAAGAAGAGUUGGCUCAGGAGAAGGCUGCUAAACAUCAAGUGCUUGCAUCAGAAACUGUCAGAAUUGUCAUGAGGCCUACAGGGACGGUAGUGACAUUUCCCAUAGAGAUGGGGUUCCCCCCUAUAUUUGAAUCCAAACCCUGCAGUUAUCCAGCCCCUCGUGAGAAAUGUGCGGGGCCUUUGUGUUUGAACCCAAACAAAUAUCGUGACUCCAAGUCGAAGCUCCCACUCUGCAGUCUCAAUUGCUAUAAGGCUAUUCAUUCUAAGAUGGAUGCUGGAAAUGUGCCGACACUGUGUGGCUCAUAGUCUCCUUUGUUAGAGAUUUUGCAUGGCGUAGUACUACUGGAUAUUUCAUGAAUAUGUGAACCAGGGGGGGUCUAUCUGUUUGGGGAAGUAUGUGUUGAAAGUCGAAGCUUUCAAAUAUUCCACGACGGACUCUAAACUUUCAUAUUCCAUAAAAGUAUUUUAACUUUUUUUAAAAAAAAGUGUUUUAUAAACUGCUAAUUCAGCAUUUUGAGCGCGACAGCCACUUCUGUUUUGAAGGGGAUGUGUGCAUCAAUUCAUCCACCAUCAAUGAAAAAAUGUUGAAAGAUUACACUUCAUAAAAUGUUUUGAUUAAAGGAAAUGUUAUAAAAUAACAAUAAUGCAGAGUAUGAAAUGUUAUGAGUGUGUGGUAGUAGAAUAUUUGAAAGCUUCCACUUUUGACAUAGGACUCGAGCAGUAGACAAACACAUUUCCAAAUGUAUGGGUACACAAAUUUCUGGAAAGAUUGAGCAGUGCUCUAUAAAUAGGCUAUUCAUUC